AUGGCUGCUGAUAUGGACUCCUCAAGUGAUGCUGAACCGCAGCAGAGCCGCCCAAACGCCCGUCAGCGUGCCCAGCAGUGGAUGACCAAGGGCGGCUUGGUCCGAGAGGACUCGGACGACGAAUUGGGCGAUGAAGAUCACCCAUGGGAUUGGAUUUACGCUGAAAACGAAGGAGAAACCGAAAAGAAUAACGACAUUCCACAGAAAUCCAGCAAACGGCGAACCUCGCGCCCAGCCAAGAAGAAGGAAAGAAUCGUGGGAGCUCGGAUGGGGUCAUUUGAAUGCAGAAUUGGUCAAGUCGUGCUGUUGAAGUCGCCUGAAGCCGGUAAAGACUGGGUCGGCCUUAUUGUCGAUUUUGUGGAGGAAGAAGACGAAGAUGCAGAGAAUGAAAUUAUCAAGUCGGCCACGAUUAUGUGGCUCGCUUCUCCAGACGAGUUUUUGUCGACGAGAAACAAACGAAGAGAGGAUGCGCUACCAAAUGAACAAUAUUUGACUGCGGACUUCAAUACCAAUCCCCUAUAUUCAAUUAGCGGCAAAGCCACGAUCAUGUCGAAGGACGCCUUCUUUUCAAAAUACCCCAACGGCGCCCCUCCCAAAGACAAGGACCAGCUGGCUGAAUUCAAUAAAAGCAUUGUCUGCCGAAGAGGUGUCAAUCAACUCCAGGGACGAUACACAGAAGAGUUUGUGUGGGAAGAGGUCUACCGCCCAGAUAGCGUCUACGGGCUUAUUGACAUGGUUAAGGAGGGCUUGAAAGCAGCCCGAAAGCGCAAAGCGAUAGACUCCGAGUACGCUGAGCCCAAAGAAGAGAACGGAACUCCGACAACCCCGAGAAAAAGGCAACGAGUGACCGAUGCUACCCCGAAGUCCCAACGGAAAAAAGCACUGACGACACCAACACAUAAAAGGAUUGUCGUCAAGAAGCCUCUUGAAUUUACACCGCUGGGUACUCGUGUGCUCUCCCAAGAUCACUUUGCUUCCCCGUAUCGCCAGGCCCGUACACUGUUACAUGUCUCCACCGUUCCAGAAUCACUUCCAUGCCGGAAGAAUGAGUUCAACGAAGUCUAUAACCAUCUCAGCGCUGCGAUUAUGGAAGGCACUGGCGCCUGUAUUUAUAUUUCGGGUACCCCAGGAACCGGCAAAACAGCUACAGUGCGAGAAGUGGUUGCCCAACUCAAUGCAGCCGUUGAAACUGAAGAGAUGGACGAUUUCAUCUUCUGCGAGAUUAACGGCAUGAAGAUAACCGAUCCACACCAAGCCUACUCCAUGCUUUGGAAAGAAUUAAAGGGAGAUCGAGUCUCUCCAUCUCACGCAUUAGAUCUUCUCGAACAGGAGUUCUCACACCCCUCUCCUCGUCGGGUCUCUUGUGUCGUUCUAAUGGACGAAUUGGAUCAAAUGGUAACCAAAAACCAGUCUGUCAUGUAUAACUUCUUCAACUGGCCUGCGCUUCGCCAUUCACGACUUAUUGUACUGGCCGUGGCCAAUACCAUGGAUCUCCCUGAACGUACAUUGAGCAAUAAGAUUUCUAGUCGACUCGGCCUCACCCGUAUCACCUUCCCAGGAUACAAGCACACGGAUUUGAUGGAGAUUAUCGGCACGCGACUCGCAAACGUACCGGGAAAUAUUGUUGACCCAGAUGCCGUCCAAUUUGCCAGUCGAAAGGUCGCCGCCGUCAGUGGUGAUGCUCGCCGUGCGUUAGAUAUUUGCCGUCGUGCUGUUGAAAUUGCCGAACAAGAAGCGAAUGAAGCAGCAGCCGCAGACUCCAUAAUUCCAGAAGAAGAGGAAGAAGCCCCUCCAACACCCAGCAAGACUCCUGCUCGCCAGAAAAAUGCACUUGCUGCUGGGUCAGCUAAUCACGCCCCUUCCAUCAAACCUAAACCAGGCAAGGGCAAGCCUGGUCGCGUCACAAUCGCAACUAUUAAACAAGCUAUUCAAGAAGCCACCUCCACGCCACUCCAACAAUCGUUGCGCUGUCUCCCUCUAUCAGGUAAACUGUUCCUAGCAGCCCUUCUAGCUCGCAUCCACCGUACGGGUAUCACAGAAUCCACCUUCGGCGAUGUUCUAGAUGAAGCACGUCGAAUUGCCGAUGCGGCUGUUGCGGUUGCCGGUGCUGCGGGUACUGGUGUGAAAGAAUUCUUGCUCGGUGGUGGUAGUACCGCACGGGUCCGAGCUUUAGGAUUUGCAUCGAUGGAGCUUAUGAAUUCCGGAAUUCUGGCUUUAGAACAGGGUACCGGUUCCAAGAACUUACUGGGCGGCUCUACAAUCCCUGUCCGUGGUGACCGAAGCAGUAAGAUUCGGCUUAGAGUUGCAGCUGAAGAUGUGAGGUCUGCCUUCAGAGAAGACGCCGAGGCCAAGGGCUUUGGUCUUGGGAUUGAUCAGUAA